UAGUAGGGAGGUGGCUGGGAGAAAAAGCUGGCAAAGGAGAAGACUGAGAGAGUACUGAACAUAAACGGAGUUUGCUGAGCCAGAACUUGACAGAAAGGAAGGAAGGAAGGAAGAGACAGAGACAGAGAGAGAAAGCUGCAGCAGUGUUACAUUUAGCUGUGAUACAGCUGUUUGGAGAUGCAAGAUAUGGAUUUUGAAGAUGAGACACCAAAAAAAUACUGCAUGAAGAGCAAGCAUGUGGCCAUAAUCUGUGGCACAAUAGUUGCUGUAGGUUUAAUUCUGGGACUUGGAUUGGGGCUUGGACUAAGGCCCAAUGAUACACAGGUGUGCCCACCUUCAGAAGGCAAUGGGCAGAUAACCACAGCAUCUCCCACAAACACAACAUCUCCCACAAACCCAGAGGACCCAGAUCCUUGCCCUGCCAGAAAUGAUGAAACUGGAAACUGGACCCAGUUCAGGCUGCCCACCUAUGUUAACCCAAGUCAUUAUGACCUGGAGCUUCAGCCUGAGAUGGAAGAGGAUCGUUACAAUGGGACAGUCACGAUCUCCAUCCAGUUGGGAAUCAGAACAAGACACUUGUGGCUUCACCUCAGAGAGACGAAGAUUACAGAAAUGCCCCAGCUGAAGACAUCCUCAGGCCAGUUGAUUGCUGUAGAGCAUUGCUUUGAGUACAAGCCGCAGGAAUAUGUGGUGAUUAAAGCAAAAGAAGACCUAACUCCUAGCAUCUAUUUUUUGACAAUGAAGUUCCAAGGCUAUUUAAAUGGUUCCCUGGUUGGAUUUUACCGAACAACCUAUAAGGAGAAUCAAAUAACCAAGAGCAUAGCAGCCACUGACCAUGAGCCAACAGAUGCACGGAAAUCAUUUCCUUGUUUUGAUGAACCUAACAAAAAGGCAACGUAUAAGAUAUCUAUUAUCCACAACAGCUCGUACAAAGCACUGUCAAAUAUGCCAGUGGAGGCUGAAGUUGAAUUGGGUAAUGGCUGGACUCAGACAAAAUUCCAAAAGUCUGUCCCAAUGAGCACUUACUUGGUGGCUUGGGCUGUGCACCAGUUUAAUUUCACAGAAAGACUGUCUUCUCGAGGAGUCCCUCUCCGUGUUUAUGCCCAGCCACAGCAAUUGCACACAGCAAUGUAUGCAGCAAAUGUGACUAAAAUUGUAUUUGAUUUCUUUGAAGAGUACUUCAACAUGACGUAUUCUCUUCCAAAACUGGACAAAAUAGCCAUUCCAGAUUUUGGCACUGGUGCCAUGGAGAACUGGGGACUGAUCACUUACAGAGAAACAAAUCUCCUAUAUGAUCCACAAGAAUCAGCUGCUUCAAACAAGCAAAGGGUAGCAGCUGUAGUUGCCCAUGAACUUGUUCACCAGUGGUUUGGAAAUAUUGUGACAAUGGAUUGGUGGGAUGACUUGUGGCUAAAUGAAGGCUUCGCCAGCUUCUUUGAGUUCAUGGGAGUAAAUGCUGCAGAAAAAACUUGGCAAAUGCUGGACCAAAUUUUGCUUGACGAUCUACUCCCUGUGCUGAAGGAAGACUCCUUGCUUUCCUCUCACCCAAUUGUAGUGGAAGUGUCUUCUCCUGAUGAAAUAACCUCUGUGUUUGAUGGCGUGUCCUAUAGCAAAGGAGCAUCACUUCUCAGAAUGCUUGAAGACUGGAUCACACCAGAAAAAUUCCAAGCUGGCUGCCGGCAAUAUCUGAAAGAACAUCAUUUCAAAAAUGCAAAAACAGACGAUUUCUGGAGAGCACUGGCAGAGGCAAGUGGUCAACCAGUCAAAGAUGUGAUGGAUACUUGGACCAAGCAAAUGGGGUAUCCUGUACUGAAUAUGCAUCCAAAUCAUACAAUCAUGCAGAAGCGUUUUCUUCUGGAUCCUACAGCAGACCCUUCCCAGCCACCUUCUCCAUUCAGUUACACAUGGAAUAUUCCAGUGAAAUGGUAUGAAGGGAACAUAAGCAAUACAACAUUCUACAAUAAAUCAGAAUUAUCAGGAAUUACCAUCCCUCGCCGCAUUCCCAAUACUUUCUUGAAAGUGAAUGAGAAGCACAUUGGUUUUUAUCGUGUCAACUAUGAAACGCAAGCCUGGAAUGACUUAGCCAAUAUUUUGGUGAAUAACCAUCAGAGUUUUCAUCUGACUGAUCGUGCUGGCCUUUUAGAUGAUGCAUUUGCAUUGGCCAGGGCUAACCUUCUGAAUUAUUCUUUUGCUUUGAACCUAACAAAAUAUUUGGAAAGAGAAAAUGAAUACAUACCAUGGCAAAGAGCAGUAGAAGCUGUAUCCUAUAUUCAGGACAUGCUUGAGGAUGAUGAUAAACUGUAUCCCAAAUUUCAGGAAUACUUUCGGAGACUAGUCAAGCCCUUAAUAAGUCAGCUGGGAUGGCAGAAUGAUGGAGAUCAUAUCAAAAGUCUCCUUCGUGUGACAGUCCUAGGCUUUGCAUGCAGCAUGGAUGACCUAGAGACUUUGACUAAUACAUCUCAAUUAUUUAAUGAAUGGCUAAAAGGAACAAACAUUUCCUUCACUGUUAGUCUAGAUGUAAAUCUCCGCCUCUUGGUGUACCGCUAUGGAAUGAAGAACUCUGGUAAUGAAGAAGCAUGGAAUUAUAUGUUUGAGAAAUAUCAAAAUGCAACAUUAGCUCAAGAAAAGGAAAAGUUGCUAUAUGGCCUGGCAUCUGUGAAAAACAUCACCUUAUUGAACAGAUUUUUAGAGUGCAUCUAUGAUUCAAACCUCAUUAGAAGUCAAGACGUGUUCACUGUCUUGAGGUACAUCUCCUAUAACAGCUAUGGCAAGACGAUGGCUUGGGACUGGGUACGGAUCAACUGGGAAUAUUUAGUUGCCAGAUACACUCUCAAUGACAGAAACCUUGGGCGCCUAGCAUCAAGAAUAACAGAAAUGUUCAAUACAGAUCUCCAGCUUUGGCAGAUGGAAAAUUUCUUUGCAAAAUACCCGAACGCUGGAGCUGGAGAAGCAUCCAGAAAACAGGCUAUUGAAACUGUGAAGAGCAAUAUUGAAUGGCUAAAGAAACACCGAGAAGAGAUAGCAACAUGGCUUGGCAACUGACCUGGCCUUGCAACAUUUUUUAUUUUUUUCCAUAUCAACUCUCAGGACUUUAUUUUCAAAGUGCCACCACAUGGGUAUUUGUAGAAAUCUUAAUUCCAGAUAAUGCUGCCAACUUUGGGAUAUAUUAAUUUAUUGAUAUGUAUGUUCAAACUAGCCAGAUCACAAUUCUAGAAUGAUCUUACAAGCAUUUCUUAUUUACUAAUACAUUUGUUCCCAUUUUAGUGGGACUACUUAUAAUGUAUAAAAUUAUCAGUAUCUCAAAGAUAACAAAAAGACCUCCAUCCUUUUUGUGAGGAUCGCUGUUGUGUGUAUUGAUCACACACUCAACUCUUAAAGCAAUUCCUUUGUUUAUACAAAAAACAUACUAUUCCAUGUACUCAAAAGGCCUUUCCAAACAUACCUUAACAGUGAUCCAUUCCAAAGGGAGAAAUUAGAUCAGAAACAUUUUCUUAAAGGAAGCUAUAUAGGAAAUAAGCAUGGCUUUAUAAAACAAGCCUCAAGCAUAAUCUGUUCUCCUGGACGACUGUUAUUUUUUUUUUUCCAAUUAAAAAUUGCUUUCAGCCCACGUACGUUGUCCCAAGAGAUGUGGGAGAAGCCAUAACUUAGAGGAACAGUACAUGCUUCAAUAUAGAAGAUUCUGAAUGACAUCCAGAUUUAGUCCUGCUUAGACUCAAUGCAUAGAAAUCAAUGGGCUUGAGUAGCUGUGACUCACUUCAGUGCUGUUGAUUUCAGUAGGUCUGCUUUGGAAGGACUAAAAGCAGGAUUCAACCUGCAACAUUCAAGCAUCUCAGGUAUAAAUCUAUAGGCAGCAGCCUCGGCAUUCCUCUUCCCGGAUCACUGGAAGGCUGCCACAAGUGCAGUGCUGAAGGAACUAGACCAAUGGUCUGAUCGAGGCAGCUCGUGUCUCUGUUUAUAGGUGAAGAUAUAGCUAGGCAAUUCAUGGACAUUGGUAUGGUAGCUACAUGUGCAAAUCUAGUCUAAGUUCACAUGAAGGUAAUUAGUUAUCUUCAUCUUUCAAUAAUCAUUCUAGGCACUUCUUUUGAUGUAAGUGCUAUGGAUGCCUUACUAGUCAGCAUCAGGAUGCAUGGCAAAGACCAGUCUGUCGAGAGCAAGUCCAGGGGCCCUAACAAGCCAAGUUCAAGGAGGUGGUGGCAAGCAAUGGCAGCUCUUUCCAUCUCCUUCCAGCCCUGCUAGCAAAAGGAAGCACAGCCAUAGCCUGCCAAGGCAGCCUGUGCAGCCAGGUGCUAUUCAAAGAGAAAGAAGAAGAAACCCCCUGAAUAGCAAGAUAUAAUCCAAUCAAAUGCUCCCUUUGGGGACAUGGCCAAUGAGGAUAGAGGAGUGACAUAAAGACAACUCUGUCACUACUUGGGUGCUCAGAGGCAGCAUCUGGUUGGUUUAGAUUUCUGCUUCCUCAAAGGAAAGCUUAAAAAAAAUUAAAGUGGUACGCCAUGGGGUUGUCAUAGUGUGGCUGUGCAUGAGUUUACUAGGCAGGAUGGAGGAGAAACUGGUACUACUGCCACAGUGUUUACAUUCAAAAGGAGGAAGAGGUAGCUGGCUGGUGGAGGGACCGGCUGGCUGGUGGGGACACCCCCAAAGCUAGCUGCCCUCCUGAGACCACCAAAUCCUAUUGCAAGCAUUUCUUCCCUGUGUCAGCUUCAAUGCGUACACCAGCGGUGGGCUACUGCAGUGGGUGAAGAGGCCAUUUCACCCUCUAGCCCUCCCCACAAUUAGCAAAAGUAUGCAAAUAUUGAAUAAAAAUACUUUAAAGACUGCAAAUGGGUCGAAUUUAGUUUGCUUUGAGCCACUGUAGGGCAUGAAAAGGGUCAGACCUAAUUUCAAGACAAAGUAAAUUUGUUCCAUUUCGUGUUCUGUAACACUAUUGUGGAUUUAGAUUUUUUUUCUUUUUGCAAGUUCAGCAGGGACUUGUAGUACUUUUGUUGUCCACCCCUAAUUUAUGUAAUCAAGAGUCGCCGUCAUCCUAGGAAGACUUUCUACAGCCCAGCAGCCACUGUCAGAAAGCUCUGAUGGGCAAUCUGGAGCUGAUAGCCAAGUGUUUCUGACUUUGUGUCCGGAUCUGGAGUCACUCGCCUGUUAACAAUGUUGCUGCGGUGACACAGGUCACAUGCCCUACAGUUCCACACAU